CCUUUUCUCCGGAAUACCGUUUCAUCACAUCGUGAGUGAGCUGCCGUGAAUCCCGAGAGGAGAAGUCUCCCGACAGGAGACAAGAUGGCGUCCAACAACACCCUGCGCAGCUACUCCAUCAUCCCAUGUUUCAUCUUUGUAGAGCUUGUCAUCAUGUCCGGCACGGUGUUGUUGGCGUACUACAUGGAGUGCACGGACCUGUUCAGCGUACACAUACAAGGUUUCUUCUGCAACGACGCCGAGCUGAUGAAGCCGUACCCCGGCACAGAGGAGUCCAGCUUCAUCCCCCCUCUCAUCCUUUACUGUGUGGUGGCCGCUGCUCCGACCGCUAUAAUUUUCAUUGGAGAGGUGUCCAUGUAUGUGAUGAAGUCGACGAGGGAAGCUCUCCUGGCCCAGGAGAAAACCAUCGUCACAGGAGACUGUUGUUACCUCAACCCCCUUAUCCGCCGUAUCAUACGCUUCAUAGGUGUGUUUGCGUUUGGUCUGUUUGCCACAGACAUCUUUGUAAAUGCGGGACAGGUGGUGACUGGAGGCCUCUCGCCCUACUUCCUGUCCGUCUGCAAGCCCAACUACACCGGCACCGAGUGCCGCUUUAAUCACCAGUUCAUCGUCAACGGCAACAUCUGCACCGGGAACCCCGUUGUCGUGGAGAACGCUCGCAGGUCGUUCCCAUCCAAGGAUGCUUCUCUGAGUGUUUACUCUGCUGUUUACCUGACGAUGUACAUCACCAGCACCAUCAAGACCAAGUCCAGCCGCCUGGCCAAGCCUGUGCUCUGUCUGGGAACCCUCUGCUCGGCCUUCCUCACCGGCCUCAACCGAGUCUCAGAGUACAGAAACCACUGCUCGGACGUAGUGGCCGGAUUUAUACUGGGAUCAGCCGUUGCACUGUUUCUGGGUAUAUGUGUUGUGAACAACUUCAAAGGCGUCCACAGUGCAGCGGCUAAACAGAAAACUGAAGACUACCGCGGUCUGCCUCUGAUGACUUUCCCCCGUGUAGAGAGCCCUCUGGAGACCCUCAGCGCACAGAACCACUCAGCAUCGAUGACGGAGGUCACAUGACUAAGGGGGCAGCACCGGGUCACGUUUGCGUCUCCACAGCACUUCCAGACACAAUGACGAGGACGCAUGCCACGUGGCUCUGAAUGCUUUACAAAAAAAAACAACACUGCUGAUAUAUCUGUUUAAUUCACCUGAGGGACAAAUUACACCAUGUUUCUAAAGGUUCUCAUCUAGUUGGGCUAUGCUCAAUUCACAUCAAUUGCGUCGGUGACAAAAAUAUCACAAGGCAAACUUAAGCACAGAUUGUUUUUCCAGAUAUUUGGAACCAUUUGAAACAUGGGACAUUAUUUUCCCUCCACGGUGCGCUGUUUGUAGUUAGAGGACGGUGUUUUGUACAUUUUGUAUGAGCGAGUGCUGUAGCCUAUCCUGACGGUGUUAAACCUGCGCACUUCCUGUCAGCUGACUCACCUUGUUUUACAUCACAUCCUGUCAGGUGACUUGCCUCGUCGAUCACCACAUCUAUUCCCCUCAGUCUGAAAAAUGUGCUAUGGAAAACAUAUUGAUGUUGUUGUUCUGUGAUGU